UCAUAAAAAAAGAAAGAUAAAAAAAAGAAUUCACAACUCCUGAAACAUCGUGCCUCAACGAAAACACGAAUCCCAAUAAAUUAAAAGCCUUCACGUAAGACAAGAUAAUAACAAUAGCAGUAAAUAAAGUGCUCGAGUGAAACAAGUGAUUACUGAACAAAAGGAAUAAUUGAUAAAUGUAAUCAACUCAAAAUCAUUCAAGAUAUGGCUGGAAUAUUCGACAUUGAGUUGCAUGACGGCGAUAAUGUACCCCAGGAUGAGUCCGAUGAUGACAUUAUCGAAGCUGCCGAGGGAGAGUACGACACCAAUCCGAAUGUUAAUGCCAUCCUCGACUCGGAAAAUGUGGAGAGGGUCCAGCUAUCCGAGCAGACUGUGAAUCCAGGUCAGGACAAGGUCGGUCCAAAGGACUUCGAGCUGUGCAAAAUCCUCGGUGAAGGUGGAUACGGUAAAGUCUUCCAAGUGCGAAAAGUCUCAGGAAAAGACAAGGGCAGUAUUUUCGCGAUGAAAGUCCUGUGCAAGGCGUCGAUAAUUCGCAAUCAAAAGGACACAGCCCACACCAAAGCUGAGAGGAAUAUCCUGGAGGCUGUGAAGCAUCCAUUCAUCGUCAACCUGAUCUACGCCUUCCAGACAGGUGGUAAACUCUAUCUGAUUCUCGAGUACCUGUGUGGAGGUGAAUUAUUUACGUAUCUAGAUCGAGAGGGAAUAUUUCUCGAGGACACGGCGUGUUUUUAUCUGUCCGAGAUAAUCCUCGCCCUGGAGCACCUCCACAAGCUGGGGAUCAUCUACAGGGACCUCAAGCCUGAGAAUAUCCUGCUGGACAGGGAGGGCCACGUCAAGCUCACGGAUUUUGGAUUGUGCAAAGAACAUAUUGGAGAGGGAACUGUCACCCACACCUUCUGUGGUACCAUCGAGUACAUGGCACCAGAAAUUCUCACCAGGAGUGGACACGGAAAGGCCGUCGACUGGUGGAGCCUUGGAGCUCUCAUGUACGACAUGCUGACAGGAAUGCCGCCAUUUACAGCAGACGACAGGAAGAAAACAAUCGAGAAAAUUCUCAAGGGUAAGCUAGCUCUUCCCCAGUACCUCACACCGGAUGCUCGUGAUCUCAUAAGAAAACUCCUGAAGAGACAAGUUGCUCAGCGACUUGGCUCUGGCCCAGAGGACGCCAAGCAGAUAAUGAGCCACAAUUUCUUCAAACACAUCAACUGGCAGGAUGUGAUUUCCAGGAAGCUCGAGCCACCGUUCAAGCCAGCCCUCAAGAGUGCAGAUGAUACUUCACAGUUUGACGAACAAUUUACACAGACUGUUCCCGUUGAUUCACCAGUUGAGAGUACUCUCAGUGAAUCUGCUAAUCUGAUAUUUCAGGGAUUCACUUAUGUUGCACCGAGUGUCCUGGAGGGGAUGUACAGUCAGUCGAGGGUUGGAAAUUCACGGAGUCCCAGGCGAAAUUAUCUGGGGAGCAGUCAUGGGGGCAGGGGAUUUUCACCAAGAAGUUUGGAUAUCAGUAAUCGAACGCAUUUUCAGACCCAGCAGAGGUUUCAUCCCCUCGGUCACAACAGCAUGGAGGACACGGAGAUGAUGGACAUAGGUCAUCUAUCAGGGCACGCAUAGCCGUCUGAUAAAUCCAUCCCAAAAACUGCCGAAAAGUCCCCGUGAGCUUGAAAGCCCUCGCUUAUUCGUCUCCAUCGCAUUAAUUCGCCAAUUAAUCAGAGCCACCGGGACAUUAUUUUUCGUUCUCAACUGUAUAUAAAUAAUUAUAUAAAAAGUGGGCAAACGUGGGGCAAUCGACUGAUAUUUCAGCACGAGCCUCUCAAAUAAUUAUAUCCAAACAAUUUCUUCCUUUUGUACGAGCGAAAUUAUCCAAGUGUUCACCACACGAUACGAUAAAUAGGGGAAUCACAUGUAAUUCGUUAGUAUUAAUUUAUUAUUGUUUAUGAAUUAUCUCUUCGGAUUCUAGAAUUAAAGUUAAUGUUUUGCAAUAAGUGGGAUGUCUUCUGCGUCCCUGCGCUUUCCACGACAAAACAAAAAUUGAUGAAAAUUUAAUCUAAUAAUUAAUUGUUAGCUUGUCUCGAGUUUUUUGCCACCAGUGUGUAUAAAUAAUGACAAUGAUAACGCUCAUGCCUCUACCAUGUACAUAGAAAAAAAAAAGGAAGAAAUCCAUGAAGAUGUACCACAUCUCCCGGAAUAAUCAAUGAAAAUUGAUUGUUCAAUCAUAAAUUAUCUGUUUCUUUUCCAGUUUUAAUGAUAAAUAAAUAUUGCAGGUUGAAUUAUUGUUCAUAUGUUAUUUCUCCAUUUGUUUCGUACAGUUAUAACAAUUGUUCGUAUAAUUUUUUUUCACCUUUUUUUUCUUUUAUUUUUAUUUUCCUGUCAAUAUACAAACGGCCGAUUUAUUGUUAUUAUUUUUGUCGCUCGUUAAUUGUCAUCUCUAAUACAUUAACCGUAAUAAAUAUUGCGUUUUCCAUUUUGUCUAUUUAUUGUUAUACAUUGGGCAAUAGAAAAACCGUCCUGCCUUUAUUUUUUUUUCAUGUUUAAUCGAUAAAAUAAAUAAAGUUAAGUUAAUGUGUAAUUGUUUAGAAUAAGGAGCUGAUUGUAUCCCUAAUGUUUCGUUUUUUUUUGUUUAUUUCGUUAGUGAUUUAUUCGGAAGAAGUGGUUGAACAUUUGUUUUCAUAAAAAAUUGGAAGAGCGCAAAAUUAUUCACCCCGUGAAUUCAAUUAAAAUAAUUAUCAACGAUUACAAAAUAUUAAAUUGAAUAAAUUCGCAUUUAAAAUUUGUCACUUGCCCUUAAAUCUAGUUAUUGACAGAAUUCAACGCUCAUGAGAUAAAAUAAUAACAAUAAUUUUGCCUCUUCCCAGACGAAUAAACUAUA